AUGGUUAUGGUCGUCAUGAAGCAUCUGAAUCUGGAACAAGGAGAUAAUAUGGUGUUGGACUUGAGCUUUUCGGUGGUUUUUCCAUUGUUGCAGAUAUACCAUGCACGGUUUGGUUACUCCGAAGCAUUCCAACACGAUACUGAUCAGGUUCAGGCGCGUGCCCCAGUUUCGCAGGAUUCAGCCAAUGCUGAAGAGAAAACCAUGAGGAUGCAUCCUCGGAAGAACACACGCCCGAGUCAAUGGAAGGUGAAAUUUGCUCUAGGUCCUCUUGUCUUGUAUGCAGAAAGAAAAGGCCAAUCUGGUCAACACGAACAUAACGAGGAAGACACUUCUCCCUCUUCUUCUGCAUCAUCCACACUAGAUAAGGAGGUGAUGCUAGAAAAUUUAGAGGAAAGGAUAUAUAUGAAAAUAGUGAAUGCAAUGAAAGAACACCAUCAAACCACUGUACUUAAGAAAGUUGUGGAAAGAUACGAGGAGGAUAACCAAAUUUUGCAAAAACAGAACUAUGAGUUGACAGAGGAGCCAAGUGCUGCAACUGCAUCCUCGCAGUUAUACUGCAGCCUUCUUCACGAGGCUGAUCUAAACUAG